CUACCACAUUUUUACGAAACAUUUUUUGGGCGACAACAUUUCGCAAAAUUCCAUCCCAUUUUCAAACAUAAUCGUUGAAUCAAUUUGGUAAAAAUCAACCGAUCUUUAUCCCAGUUCAUUCAUCAAUCAACAAUCUCGGUGAAGCUAAUAAUCAGAAAAGAUGAUGUACGUGAAGGCAACACCGACAACGGAUCUGAAUCGAAACACCGAUUGGUUCACGUACCCAGGAGUAUGGACGACAUACAUCUUCAUCAUAUUCUUUUCAUGGCUUCUUAUUCUAUCUAUUUCUGGUUGCACCCCUGGCAUGGCCUGGACCAUCGUUCAUUUCUCACAUUUUCUGGUGACUUAUCACUUUUUCCAUUGGAUGAAAGGGACUCCAUUUGCUGAAGAUCAAGGGAUAUAUAACAGGCUGACAUGGUGGGAGCAGAUCGACAAUGGCAAGCAGCUCACCAGAAACCGAAAGUUUCUAACCGUUGUACCUGUAGUGCUGUACUUGAUAGCCUCGCACACUACUGAUUAUCAACAUCCAAUGAUAUUCAUCAAUACAGUUGCUGUAAUCGUGCUUGUUAUCGCAAAGUUUCCAAAUAUGCAUAAAGUUAGAAUUUUUGGAAUUAACGGCGAUAUGUGAGAGUUGAUUACAGUUGGUAUGUUUGGAUCUUACCCGGGUGGUAUCAAUGUAUAUAUAGUAAGUCAAUUUUGGGAUGGGGAGGUUAUCUUAUUGUCUAACCAAUUUUUGUUUGUGUAACAUGGUGAUUGACAAGUGACUGCUGCAUAUUACAAAUAAAGCUUACAUUUUUAAAUCAGCCUUA